AGUUUGAUGACACGCCGGCACUCGGCAUCGACGUUGAACUACGGGCUCGCCUUCGACUGUGAGGUUGGCCCAGUGGUGGUGGGGAAGUGGUACUGCCCUUUCAUUUUCAUUCGUGAAGGGGAUGUUGGUGUCCAAAUGAGAGACUCUACGUACUAUGAAAUGACUCUCCAACAGACCUGGGAAGAGAUAUUUGGAUGCUACAAUAACGAUCGUGGUCAUCAUGUGACGGUAGAUGUUUGUGUUAGGAGGGAGGCGGUUUUAGUUGGAGAGGCGUUGUUGGCGGCAGAGAGGGUGGUGGUUUCCGAUGGGAUUAUGUGGUUGGGUCCCUCGUCGGAGGUGGGGCUGAGUAUGGCGAUUGUGGAGAGGGUGAAAUGGGAGGAGGAGAGAGUUGGGUUUGUAUGGGGAAGAAAUCAUGAGGAGGAAAUAGAGAGAGUUGUGAGAAGAGAAGAGUUUAAAGGAAAGGGAAUUUGGAGAAGAGUUAAGUGUUAUGUUUUGGUUGAAAAGUUUGUGCUUAAGAGAAUGAAUGGAACUUUGGUUCUUACUUGGGAAUUCAGACACACUCAUCAAAUUAGAACCAAAUGGGAAUGAAAAAAAGGAAGAAUAAUAGAAAACACAUCUCAAAGAUUU